AUGGUCCUGCACUUCUCACAAAUACCACGUCAUAGGACGUAUGUUCUUCAUUGGUAUCGCUACACGCUUCGAAACUGUACUAAGUAUGUUCACUCAGUUCACUUGCAGCAGAGAGUGAGGAGGGUGACCAAGGUCACAAUGCUGAAGCACAAAAGCGACAAGUCCAGCUGGAACGUUUAUAAACUUUUGCGUGAUAUGAAGCGGAUAAAUUCCCUUCUAGUCAAGUCUAAGACAGAAAAAGUUUGGAGACUUUUGACCACUUACAUGGGAAAAUCGUCGAGAAGGAAGAAAAGGCCAUCGCCAUCAGUUGAUUUCAUGGCCACAAAUAAAGGUCCCACUCAGGAUCCAGAAAGAGUGAAAAGCUCCAAAAUUUUAGCAGACUAUUUGACCGAAAAACAAGGCAAGCUUCAAAUCCCGAGCAAUAUCUGUGACAAAUACAAGGCACAACUUAUCUUACCUUUGGCACUCCACGAACAUGCUCUCCGGAAAUUGCAACGAAUUGAGUUCAAGUUGGCAGCUGGCCCACCAAAGGUCUCGUUGAACUAUACAGCGGCAGGUAAGGCUCGGAUAUGGUUUGUGCGGUCAGCGCUUAAUAAAGGCAGGCGACAAUCAAGGGCUCUUGGGAGACUGAUACGUUCUGAAAAGAGGAAAGCCCAAAAAAAUCUUGACUAUUGGGGGCACUGCCAGGAAAACAGCUAUUGGGCGUGGCACGAAGCCCUAUGGGAGAACCUGAUGGAGACGGGAUGUUUCAUCACGGGAGGCCCCGAGCAAUUCAUGAGCUGGGACAGCAAGAGCGUGAAGAGGGUCGGCACGGCUGAAUGCAACGAUACAUUAAACGAAUGGCUGGAGCCCAUCAAACAUUCCAUUGCCGUUCUCCACACUCAAAGCACGACGGCAGCGAAAUAUUACGAAAACUUUAAGCAUGGUUCUGUCCUGCAGGCACAACGCCACUAUUUCACCGAGAAGGCUUUAACAGUCUUCAUGAAUCGGAAGCGCCGGUACAAUAAAAUGCUUCAGGAGGAGUUGCAGUUCACAGUACCCUUUUUUAAAAAGCAAAACCUUCCUUCCAUAAUGAAAUCUUACAAAUUUUAA